AUGGGUCUAACGGUAAGCAAGGAGCAACUAAUGGUUGAUGCCAUCGAAAAUCAAGAUAUUGAUAAUCUCAAAGCACAAAUACAAAAUAUUACUGACGAGAAUAUGAAGAUGAUGUGUAAAUCUCUCGUACAUGGUAAUGCUAAUCGAUGUACCUUGUUGCAUUAUGCGACAUGGCAAGACAAUUCAGAAUUAUUGGAAUUGUUCUUGAAAUAUGUCGAUGACUUAGAAGUACGUGAUGGUCUUGGGUGGACACCGCUGAUGACUGCUGUUCAGCGAGAUAGCAAAGAAAAUGUGAAAUUACUUUUAAAAUGUGGUGCAAAGAUCGACUGUGAUAAUAUGCAAGGCAUGGAUUUGAUUGCUAAUGCGAUGCAUUACAACGACAUUGAACUGAUUCAAAUUCUAAUGGAUCACGGAGCACAAGUAAAAAGCUCAUCGGGUAAUGAAAAUGGAUGUUAUCUCUUACAUUUUGCCGUCGAUGAAGGUUUAAUAAAUGUAGCAAAAUUAUUAAUCGAAGAAGGGAAAAUUCCGGUUGAUACAUUAGAUAAAUCGGGAUGGAGUGCGCUUCAUAUAGCUGCUGGACAUAAUUUUGUUGACUUCGUACGAUUGUUGGAAAAACAUGGUGCUGAUAUAAAUAUUAAAGAUUUAAAUGGAAAUACACCAUUAGCAUGGGCCAAGCACAUGAAUGCCAAAGAAGUUAUCGAAGAAUUGGAAAGACUUGGUGCUCGAGCGGAUGACGAAUGGCAUGGCGAAGAAUUAGCAUUCAAGGACAGUCAGAUAAAAUUCGAAGAAGAAAAAGAACGUGGAAUCGAUAACAAUCAAUUUGAAAUGGAUGAAGUCGGAGACUCAACUUUAUCAGAUAACAAAGGUUUAAUCCUUCUGGAUGCACUUCAACGGCAAUAG